AUGAUAGUGGAAUCAAAGCCCGAAUGUAAACCAGCAAUGCAAACCCUAGAAGCAGAGAUACAUCAGGAACCAAAAGACCAGAUUGUAAAAAAUCUGAAUGAUUCAAAUCCCUUCUCUCCUUCUCCUUUCCUUGAGGAAGAAAAUAUAAAUUUUGCACCAAGAACUGAUCCAAAUAUUAUAGAAAUAACUUCAACCAUUCCACCCAACCUAUUACAGAUCAUAGACGAUCUGAUGAGAGACUUAGACGACCGUAAUGAAAUUAAUAAAAAUUACGAUUUGUGUAAUAAGGACGACGAAGACAAACAAGACGAUAUUAGUCGUAAGGUGGUUAAAACUAGCGAAAUUUGUAACGAUGAUAAUAAUGACAUUAAUGACAAUAAAGAUAAUAUUAGUAACAGAAAUACCGACAAUGACGACAAUAGCAAUAACGAUGACAUUGACGACGACGAAAUUGAUAUCGAUAAAAAUUUCAAUGAGUUCAAUCCCAAUAAAACCAAACCAUCUUAA